AUGUCCGGAAUCCGGAACGUGGCACCCAUCCCGUCACACGCUCCCUGUGAAAGAGCUGACCAGCGGGGGAGUGGGGACCGGCCGCUGGCACCGGGACAUUCGGGGAGCAGCGCGGAGAGCGCGGGGGCGGAGCGCAGCCCGAGUCAGGAGAGGAUACGCAGCAGUUUUACUCUCCUCCCCCCACACAGCGAGAGGGGACGGGGCAGGAGGCACCGCAAAGGCAGGAGGAGGAGUCAGGAGCGGAGGAGAGGACGGAGGAGGGGUCACAGCCGGCGGAGGGGGAGGCGCAGGAGCUCGGGACAUCGACACAGGGACCGGCACAGACAUUGUCGCUCGUGCAGCCGCAGCCCGGAGCGAUCGCGGAGCCUCAGCAGGGACCGCCUCUAUGGCCGCACUGCGGAGGAACGAGACGCCUGCACGAUUCUCUGUCUCCAGUUCUCGGCGCGGACUCGACCCCGCGACCUCGGGCACUUCUUCAGCUCCGUCGGAAAGGUCCGAGACGUGAAGAUUAUUUCGGACCGGAGUUCCCGCCGGUCAAAGGGCAUCGCGUACGUGGAGUUUUACAACAUCGAGUCGGUGUCCAAAGCCAUCGCCCUGUCCGGCACCAAACUCCUGGGGGUCCCAAUCAUCAUCCAGGCCUCACAGGCUGAGAAGAACCGCGCGGAGCCGGGCGGAGGCCUGCGGGGGCCCCCGGGGCCACAACGCCUCUACGUGGGGUCCCUACACUCCAACAUCACACAGGACAUGCUGAGGGACAUCUUCACCCCCUUUGGCAAGAUUGAGAGUCUGCAUCUGAUCCGGGAUCCAGACACCGGCAUCUCUAAGGGUUACGGAUUUGUCACGGGUCCCCUGCGGCCCCUGAGGUGUGGGCCCCGUGGGCCGAUCGCUGGGAACCCCGAGACCACGGCCUCCGUCAUGGACAGCGAGGACACGGACCGCAGCGGAGUCAGUCUGGGGCCUAGCGGCAGGCUCCAGCUCAUGGCCCGGCUGGCUGAGGGGUGCGGGGAUGGGACCUUCCUGCGGCUGCUCUCCCAUCGGCACAACCUUUAUCCGUUCGGGAUCCUGAUGCCCGGCGGCUGCAGGUGA